CAGAGAACAGUAAAAUAAAAAAAAAGGGAAAAAAAAAAGAAAAAGAAAAAGAAAAAGAAAAAGAGACCCCUUAAAUAAUAAUCACAAUUCACAAAUCUCCUUCUCCUCCUCCCAUUGAGAUAUGAGAACUCAAACAAAAGAGUAGUGUUGUUGUAUGUAUCUCCCAAUCCAAAACAACCAAACCACCAUUCAUUCUCUCUUUCUCUUUCAUCAUGAAGCCCAUAAGCUCUUAAGAGAGAGAGAGAGAGAGAGAGAGCUACACAUACUUUAUCUCUCCAAUCUAGUUACUUUUUCAAAAGCGUAGGGACACGGAGGGAGGGAGGGAGGGAGGGAGGGAGGGAUGUACAAGAACCAGCUGCAGGAGCUGGCGCAGAGGAGCUGCUUCAGCCUGCCGUCGUAUGCAUGCGUGAGGGAAGGGCCGGACCACGCGCCGCGGUUCAAGGCGUCCGUCAACUUCAACGGCGAGGUCUUCGUCGGGCCCAGCAAUUGCACCACCCUCCGCCAGGCCGAGCACGCCGCCGCCGAGGUCGCCCUCUCCAACCUCUCCGUCCGCGCCCCCUCCACCUCCCUCGCCGCCCGCGUCCUCGAUGAGACUGGGGUGUACAAGAACCUGCUGCAAGAAACAGCACAUAGAGCAGGGCUGAAGCUGCCUCUCUACACAACAGUGAGGUCAGGGCCAGGCCACCAGCCCAUCUUCACCAGCACUGUGGAGAUUGCAGGCUGGACAUUCACCGGUGACUCGGCAAAGACCAAGAAGCAGGCAGAGAAGAAUGCUGCACUGGCUGCCUGGACUGCUCUCAAGCAAAUGCCAGAUUUGGGUUCUUGUUCCAAUCAAGAGAAAAAGGAGUCUACUGAGUGCAGUGAAGAGCAAGAACAUGUGGUUGUAGAGAGGGUGCUCUCAAAUUUCAAGCCCAAGGAGGAGGCCAAGCCAAUGAAGCCAAGGAGCAUGUCUCAACACCACAAGAGGAGAGAGAUCUUAAACACUUCCACAAGUAGUACUAUUGCUACUACUACUACUACUACUACUUCCUCAUCCUAUAAACAUUCAUGGAAACCACUGGAACCUUCAUCUGAAGCUUCUUCAAUCCACCCAACACACCCACAUCCACCAAACAUACGCAUCUUGGCUCCCCCUGUGCUCCCACCAAUACUGCCCCAAUCCAAGGACAAUAAGAACAAUAUUUCACCUAUCCCUACGCCAAUUCCCCACAGUUCUCUCUUUGAGGAGGCAAACAAGGAUAAAGGAGAAAAGCUUGUUGCAAAAGCACUUCCUAAGUUCAUUAGAGUUUUGGAUCAAAGUGCUAGCACAUUUAGCCAUACUUCAAUCAAGGCCCCUUGUUUGGGGGAUUGCAAGGCAAUUCAAGUCCCAGGUGUGAUCUCCAGCGGUGGAUAUCGCGCGGCUGGGAUGGCCCCGGCCGUGAACGUGCGGUCGGUGAUCCCCGUAUGCGCUUCGCCGCCGAUGCGCACUCCGGUGAGUAAUACUAAUACUACUACUACAAUGGCCGGGAAAGAGGGGGAGGAGAGACCUCAGAUGCCUCUUCCAAGCUCAAGAGUCUCCAGUUGUGAUGAGGAGGGAAGAGGUUUACAAACAAGGAGCCAAUUUUAUGUAUUUGAAUGGUGAUUUUACUGUUUGGCCUAUAAGAUUUAUGGAUUUUGGGAUUCAUGGGUCUUUGAGGUUAUGAUGGUCUUUCCAGGGGGGUUUGUUGUCUUUUUGUCAUAUCUCCAUCAUGUAACUACUGAUCAACUCUCUAAGUAUUUGUGUACUUAUGUGGUGAUUUUGCUGCAGAUCAGAGAAGCAUACAAGAAGCAUGAGGCAUCCAUGUUGUGUAACUGCAUUAUUCUCUCCCUCUGUCUUUUUCUUUGCCUUUGACUUGAAAUAUAACCAAGUUUUGUUUAUCUAGCUUCUUAGUUGUGGUAAUUUUUUCAUAUGGUUGUAAUAGGAUAGUAGCUUAGGAUUGAUGGGGUCUUAUGUCACAAUGAUCUUCUCAUUUAUGUCCAAAUGUUUCCUUACCUAAUACCUAGCAAAAUGAAAGAGUCAAUGCUUGAAAUUCAUGGUUUUCACCUCCCUACUUAUGUACUUAAAUUUCUUUCUUGUAGAGCAUACUUACAGCAGAUAAGAAGGGGAAUGGAACAACACACACACACAAUGCGGAGGAAAUGUGAUGUGUCAGAACAUUAAUGAGCAAUGCACAGGCAGUUUAUUGGCUUCUCAGGGGAGAACCAGUAGUGAGUCAGGGAGAGAGAAUGAGAGUAGGGACUGGGGAGGUGCACUGCAAGGGGCAGGCCAUUCAAUGCAAAUGAAUGUGGAGAAAUAGGGAAGGAAAGACCAAAUGCAGUGACAUAAAGCUGAGCUUUAAUGCUGUGGUCAGCCUGCCUGUGGGCUUUGUCUUCCUUCAUCAAUGACUUUACCAGAGCUCUAGAGAGAGAGAGUGUGCUUGUGUUUUUAAACUUCAUAUAUUUGGAUUUCUCUACCUUGAGGCAAGAAUCACAUCAUCUUUAAUUAUCUUAUUGCUUCUUUGCUAUGUUAGAUCCAUUUGGGCCUUUUCUUUGAGGACACUGUAUUAUUUAGAAAGCAGGAACUGCCAUGAGCAGAUGAAGAAUACAUUGAAUAUGAUUAAUUUUAUACA